UUAGAAAUGUCCUUCUCUGCAAUUAAAAAGACUAUAAAUAAAGCAAAUCAAUAUAUUAGUGAAUCUGUUGGAGCAGCAGAAGCAACUAAACUUGAUGAUGAAUUUAAUGAAAUGGAAAGGAAGGUCGACUUAACCAAUGAAUUGAUUACUCAAUUGGUUACUGGAACAAACGAAUAUUUACAACCUAAUCCAGCAAUAAGAGCAAGAAUAGCUACUCUCGGAGCAGUUUCAAAACUUAGAGGGUCAGCAAAAAGUCAGGCUUAUCCACAAACUGAGGGAAUGCUAGCUGAUACAAUGACUAAAUAUGGAAGAGGUUUAGGCUCCCAAUCUGAUUUUGGAAAGGCACUUUGUGAUGCUGCUGAUGCUUUUCGUCAAAUGGCAGAUAUAAAAUAUCAACUUGAAGAUACUGUUAAACACAAUUUUCUUGAUCCUAUUACUGACUUUCAAAAUAAUGAACUUAAAGAUUUUAAUGGUCACAGGAAUAAAUUAAAAGGACGACGUUUAGAUUAUGAUGCUAAAAAAAGGAAACAAACAAAGGAAGAUGACUUAAUUCAAGCUGAAGAAAAAUUGGAAGAGUCUAAACGUUUAACUGAGAAGGCAAUGUUCAACAUUUUGAAUAAUGAUGUUGAACAGAUUAGUCAAUUGACUGCACUGAUAGAUGCACAACUCAAUUUUCAUCAACAAACUGCAAAUAUUUUGGAAAAUCUCAAAUUACAACUUAAUUCAAGGUUAUAUUUUUUAAAUCAAAUAAAAAAAAUUAAAUUUAGAAUAAAUGAAACAAAUGAUCGACAACCUAGAGAACAUGUUCCUAGACCUGUACUUGAUAGAAAUAAAGGCUCGAGGACGGAUCUUAAUUCGCAUCUUGGUGAACGAAGCAGUUUAGCAAGCCUCUCAAUUUCAAGUCCAAUGCCUAUGAUGAAUAAUUCUUCACCGAUAGAAAAUGUGCAGUCAAAUAAUGGUGUCUCAAAAGGAGGGAAAUGUAAAGCAUUGUACGACUUUCAAGCAUUAAAUCCGGGAGAGCUUGAUUUUAAAGAAGGACAAAUAAUACAACUUGAUAGUCAAAUUGAUGAGCAUUGGUUUGAAGGUACAUUAGAUGGAAGGAGUGGAUUUUUUCCAAUCACUUAUGUCGAGGUUAUUGUGCCGAUUCCUGAAUCUUCAACUUCUAAAUAA